ACCCGCACGCGCGUCCCGGUCGCCAUCGUUCGGAUCCGCGCUCAGGUUGUUGGCAAAGAUGAUACGUUCUUUGCGCAUCCGCUGGCAUAUGCCCUGUUCACUGUGUCAUACCGACGAUCGGUUACAUAUGCCUCCGUUUCCCUCCGUCGGCAUGCCACCCAUAAAAUCCCCGACUCGAGGGACCGAACUCGAGCAGCGCUCCGUGCGGCUUUCCGCGAACAAGAAGCUAGCAGGGCAUCAGAGGGACUCAUGUGGGAUGCCGCAUUGAGAGGUCAGUCUUAUUCCCUCAGGCUGCGUGGCAACUCACCGUUACGCGUUACGGUAUAAACAUUGGUUCGGACAUACUACCCUGGUUAUUGCGUCAGCAAUGCGCAACCAGAAGCUCGAUGCAUACUAAUUUAAGCUACGCGAUGAUUCUAUAGGCUGAAGCCAGUGUGAAAGAUGGCAGGGUUAUCACUCGGAUGAAAAGCUAAGCUCACUUCCGCACAAUAAGAUGUCAGCACAGCACUUACUGACUUGACCGAUGGCAAACGCAUACGUUCCUAUGAACGCACUUCCACCGUGGCUUCUGUGAUGAACCGGCGAUGGCCGAAACUCACGUAUCUUCGCUUCUUGUGAUUCUUUGCGAAGACUGAGCUACACAGCGCAUUCAAAGCCUGAAUCACAGCCCACCGAAUUGUCCCAGGAAUGGAAGUAGCCAUGUGCAACAAGCCAUCUGGACGGAUUGCAUGGUGGUCACGUCUUGCCGCUGCUUGCAUGAUUGUAUCAGCCACGAGAAGUUACGAACGUGGGCGGCGCUGCCCUAAAAACAGCACUGUAGCCCAUGCGAAGGGUCGGCGAGUGUUCCCAGCGGCCGCGCAGCGAUGGAGUUCCCGGACUGGUGUUAAUGCAGAACGCUGAAGGCCCAUGGUUAAGGCCCGAUUCGGACUACCCGGAUCUGUGGGCUUCUCACGGAUCAAGAUGGUAGGGUUAUGGUUGUAAUGCUGUAUUGGAUUCAAAUUCGCUGUUUGCUCGAAUCGCGUCUUUCGUCAUAAAGUGGUCGGCUCUAGAACUAAUUCAGCGGAACUAGCGCAUGUCCCAUCCUCAAUGAUUCUUGCAAUGCACGUCUCCGCGUCGUCUAUUUGCUUAUUCGUAGCUGUCGCCGCUGUCCUUGGCGCGUUCAUCCUUCGUCGAAAGCGCCGGCCCUUUCCUCCUGGACCUCGUGGACUGCCCGUCUUGGGAAAUUUACAUGAAUUCACCUCCGACUUCGAGUGGAUUCGUUUUGGCACGUCUUUGAGACGUAGUUUUGGAGACCUCUUGGGCCUUCGAAUCUUUAAUCGCAAGGUUUUAGUCCUGAAUAGCCUCGAAGCUGCACAAGACCUUUUGGAUAAGCGAGCCCACAUUUACUCCAAUCGGCCUGUGUUGACUGUCGCAGGCGAGCUGAUGGGCCUUGAUCGAUCUAUUCCGCUGAUGCCAUACGGCUCAGAAUGGAGAGCCUGUCGCAAGUUGGAGCAUGUUGCGAUGAACCCGACGGCGGUGAAGCAAUACCGUCCCAUGCUGGAGCACUUUGCGGCCAUGCUUGCGCUUGAUAUUCUCAAAGAUCCAGAAAACUUUUAUGAUCUUACCAGGCUGUGCACCUCUAGAAUUGUCCUCUCUGUGACGUACGGUCUGUCGGCGCGCGUUACAGACACUGAGUAUAUCGCGCUCGCUGAAGAAGUUAUGGACGUUGCUACCGCGGCUAUACGUCCUGGGGCAUAUCUAUGCGACAUGAUACCCAUCAUGAAGCACCUCCCGCUGUGGGUACCUUUCCGGCGCAAAGCACAGUACGCUCGAGGUCUGUUUGAACGAUUCGCCCUCAUACCCUACGAUCGCGUCAAGCAGGCCAUAGCUGCAGGUAGCGCUGAGCCGUCCCUCACAUACGAUCUUCUUGCCAGCAUCCCGAAAGAAUCAAUGACGGUAGAGGUGGAAGAGCGCAUCAAGUGGACUACAGGAUCUAUGUUUUCUGCCGGCGGAGAAACAACGUUUGGGACUGUUACAGUCUUUAUGAUUGCCAUGGCGCUCCAUCGCGACAAGCAACUCAAAGCGCAACGAGAAAUCGAUUCGGUGACUGGCGCGGACCGCCUCCCUAACAUCUCGGAUAGGGAUAGCCUGCCCUAUGUCAAUGCGCUCGUUCAGGAAGUUAUGCGCUGGUACCCGAUUGUUCCCCUCAGUAUCUCCCGUGUCGCGGAUGCCGACGACGAAUACGAGGGCUAUUAUAUUCCCAAGAAUACGCUUUUGUGUCCGAAUAUCUGGGCCAUCGCGAUGGAACCGAAUCUAAAAUACCCGCCAGAAGCGUUUAUCCCAGAACGCUUUCUAGACGAGGAGUGCCCCACCGUACACCCAUCUAAAUACAUAUUCGGAUUCAGCAGACGGAUCUGUCCGGGGAAGGCCCUCGCAGAAGAGUCGGUAUUCGUCUUGAUAUCCACUCUGCUUGCAACAUUGGACAUCCAAGCCCCGCCGGAGGGCCUUGUUCCCGAUUUUGAGCCUCGCGCAGUUAGCGUUCCCAAACGAUUCAACUGCGUCUUCCGGUCUCGCUCACCCGGGAAGGUCGAAAUGCUCCGCGGCGUCGCCGGGCUGUAAUUAUUAUUCAGAUGAAGUCUUGCUACUGCCGGCUGUAAGAUGACAUGGUCUCGUAUUUAUGAGAAAUACCCCAAAAUGAACAGAGCGUUUUG